AUGGGCAUCAGCCCCUCCAAGCGCGUGGACGCCGCGCUGCGCCGCGCGCCGGCGUUCGCCGCCGCCUGCGACGCCGCCUUCGACCGGUGCCUCGCCGACGCGCAGCGCCACUUCCCGGGCGUCCGUCGGUACCAGCUCGCCGACGCCGCCGCGCACCUCCACUCGGAGCUCAGCGCGUCCGUCCCGCUGGUCCGGCGCUGGGUGCCCUCGCCGCCGCCCCGCGCCCGAGUCGACGCCGCGCUCCGCGCCGCUGGGCUAGAGGACGAGGCAGAGCUCUCGCGACUCCAGUUCCGGGAGUUUGCCGUCGAGCUGUUCAGGGAGGCCGUGCUGGCCGGAGCUGCGGACCUCCUCCGCGCCCCCGCAACCGCGGCUGGGGUCGUCGGGAUAGGCAUCGUGGCUCGCGCCGCUCCCCCGGUGGUCGGGAGGGUCGUCGCCGUCUGCGCCGCGGGCAUGGCCACCGCGGUUUACCUCAGCCUGGGCUAG